AUGCUACCAGCUUUGAAGAUUCUGGAAGAAGAUGAAGAUGUUCCCGUCGGAUACCAGCUCAUUGAGCUUAUGACUGCUUUUGAUGUCAAGAUGAAUCUCACACUGAAGAAGGAGUUUGGAGAGUAUACCCGGAAGAAAGCUAUCCUGGUUAAGGCCGUUUACGGACUCAAAAGUUUGGGAUUCACAUGGAAGAGCCUCUGUACAGACGUUUUGAAGGAACAAUUGGAGUUCCAACCAUGUCGUAGAGACAUCAAUGUUUGGCAUCAUCCUUGUAAACGCAAAGAUGGUUUGAAGUAUUAUGAGUAUAUUUUAGUGUAUACUGAUGAUGUCAUUACAAUCUCGGAGAAUCCAAAAGCGAUUAUGGACAAACUCAACAAUUUCUUUGUUUUGAAACCUGAUUCGAUAAAAGAGCCAACCACAUAUCUUGGUGCAACAAUAUGGAAGCACAAGUUGGAUGGUGAUGAUUAUUUCACCUGGGCUAUUGGAUCUGAAGCAUACCUACAAGAGUCGCUAAGAAGCAAAUUGCGCCAAUGCAACUGA